AUGACCACGGACUCGAGGCCCAUCCCAAUACGCAUCGCAAACCAGCGGGCGUACAUCUGGGAUGUCGACGAUAUCGCAGUGUUGCGGUCUCAGCAUCGUCUGUGCGGUAUCCUAGCCGGCACGCUUCCGCACCUAUCCCAGCAGAAUGUCUUUCUUGGGGUACCAUUGCUCCUAAUGCCAGAAGAAGUCGUUCUCCUCGUAGAAAAAAAAUUCGCGGUUCUAGUCAAUGACCCCAAUGCACACCAAGCACCGACAGCCCCCCAGCUACAAAAAUGGGAGGAAGAAAGGGAUGAAUUCGCGAAACGCCAUAUCGUCGUAAACGACACGAAAAUCAGUCAAAACGCCGCGACGAGGAGUAUGUCUGAAGAUGCGAUGCGCAAACGCAAGGAACGGAUGGAGAGGAAAGCGGCACAACCGCAACAGCCUCCUCCUGUCGACAUGAUUCCUGAAGAAUCACCGGCGGAACGAACUGAGGCUACUCCAACGACGGAUUCUCGUCCCAGUACACCUUCAUCUAACGCUAUUACCGUAGCGUACCCCGUCAUCAUAGAAUCGGCCUCGUCUACGCUGGAGUGGUACGACACGAGCGCCGCCACGUACAAUACCAUCGAAGCUGCCCAAGCUGCUGGUAUCUGGUCAUACCCCUCGAACCUCAGCGAGAGAGCUAGGUGUGGUGUAUUCCGCGGUCUUUGGGAGCAGGGGUAUUUCCUAGGCGGCGGCAUCAAAUUUGGUGGAGACUAUUUGGUUUAUCCUGGUGACCCGCUUCGCUUCCACUCGCAUUUUGUAGCGACAGUUAUUGAAUCGCCGGUUGCUACUCUGCGACCAAUGGAAAUCGUCGCCCACGGCCGUUUGGGCACGGCGACCAAGAAGUCGCACCUACUCUGUGGAUGGAACGACGAGAAGAAGGAUGUAUCGUAUUUAUCUAUCGAAUGGGCGGGCUUCGGUUGA